UACUCAAAAGUGUCAUCAUGUGUUAGGAAAGGCAUAUAAGAGAAAGAAGGCAGUGGCAUAGCUCAGGACGGCGUAAGAGUGCACGAAAGGAAGUGGCUAGAGAAUUACAGUUGCAAACUGAUCACAAAGAAAUAUGAAUUAACCACAGUGAGCCAUAGAGAAAAGAACCUACUUACCGUGACAUCAGUCAAAGGCAAGAACAUCUAAGGAUUUCAAGCUAAGGGGAAUAAUGUUAAUAGAUGAUUUAGAUUGAAAGGACAAUAUGUUGGCAAGAAGAUAUACGGCAUAGACACAAGUAAGCUGUGCAAGGAAUAAGUGAAUCUACAAGCAUUGCUGGACUUCUUCUUUGUAAUGCUUUCUAACAAGGGAAUAUUUCUCCUAAUUUGUUUUACAUUAUGCCAGUGGAUAUGGGAAUGUCGUUUUACCAUGAUGACUUAAAUGUGUGCCUGGUUUCCUUCCCUCAUUCUUCUACUUCCAGCAGAAUGAUGAACAAGGAUAUGAAUUUAAACAUAAGUGAUGAAGUGCUGUCACAUAUAAAGCCUUACCAUCUUGAGGGAAAUGGACUAAUAAACUCUACUGACAUGGGCCUUAUGAACCUUGCCUCACUUGAUCUUGAGAGACUUAUCCACUCAAACAGCAUGGCUACUGCAAGUCCCAAUAGUAGCCAUUGUCUGUACUCUAAGAUGUCCAUCAUGGAACAAGAAUUUUCUCACGGAUUUGUGCGAGCACUUGAGGACCUGAAUAAACCAAACCACCCGAACAAUAGUAUGGAAAUAAGCUCUGGUUCUAUUGGUGCAACUGUUCAUUCAUCUGAACCCUCAUAUACCUCAGUUUAUGUCACUCCUAACAAUUAUAAUGGUAAUGAAGUAGUGGGCACCACAGCAAACUACCAUUUAGAUCCUAUCUCUUACCCUCAUCUGCCAAUGAACAUGGAGCAACAGUCUACUUAUCCUACACAUACACUGCAUGCAGUAAAAGAUGAACCUCAAACAGUCCCAGAGGUGACCAGUCUUGGGGACAGCCCUCCAUUAUCACCCAUUAACAUGGACAAUCAGGAGAGAAUCAAAGCAGAAAGAAAGAAACUGAGGAACAGAAUAGCAGCUUCCAGAUGCAGAAAAAGAAAACUAGAACGGAUUUCAAGGUUAGAAGAGAAAGUUAAGAAUCUUAAAACACAGAACUUGGACCUAGUUUCUACUGCUAGUGUCCUAAGAAAGCAGGUGGCACAACUGAAACAGAAGGUGAUGAGCCAUGUCAACAGUGGCUGCCAGCUUUUGCCAUACCAUGUCCAAGCAUACUAAAGUCUACGAGGUGAGGCUGAUUUUUUUUUUUUUAAUCUUGGCUGUAUUACAGCAUGCAUUGGACAAUAACAAAAUAUUAAAUGACAAUGAUUUAUUAUCAUCAUAUGGACACCAACCCAUUUGCAGGAACAUUGUAUCAUAUUCGAUUUUAGUUAUUUUGCCUUAUUUUCAUUAUUAAAAUAACCAAAAUGCUAAGAAUAUAAAUAUUGCUUAAAAUGAAAAAAAUGUUCACCGGAACUAUAUCCAAAGUGGAUAUAUUCUGCGCUGCUCUAGGUAAGGUUAAGUUUGCACUUAUGUUAAAACUGCUAUAACUAUAACAAUCAUGUUUUCAGGGGUUGUCCAGUCAAAUGUUUUAUUUUGCUAUUGUCCACAGCCUGCCUAAAGAAAUAGUAAAAACGUUAACUCGUCGUCUUCUGCUCCCUCGUAGCUACGGUAUCUGUACGCCCCGUCUGCGGCCAAUGACAGAGCUUUACCCGAGCUGUAUAGCUUCUACAGCCGUGGAAACUGACAGUGCCACUUGACAAUCACUGGCCAAGGUGGGACACUGCUGCGGCCAGUGAUUGGUUGAGUGGUGUUGUGACGUCACGUCUACAACUACAGAGACAGGGCAUCCUGAUAUCAGAGCUACGAGUAAGCGGAGGAAGGUAAGUUAAAGUUUUAUCAUUUUCUUAAAGGGGUACUCCGUCCCUAGACAUCUUAUCCCGUAUCCAAAGGAUAGGGGAUAAGAUGUCUGAUCGCGGGGGUCCGCCGCUGUGACCCCCGCAAUCUCUGUGCAGUACCUGACCUUUGUUUAGAAUGCUUGGAGUGGGCAGCUGGCGUUGUUAAGUCACUGUCAUGCCCCUCGUGACAUCACGUCACGCCCCCUCAAUGCAAGUCUAUGGGAGGGGGCGUGGCGGCCGCCACGCCCCUUCCCAUAGACUUGCAUUGAGGGGGCGUGAUGUGAUGUCACGAGGGGCGUGACAGUGACAUCUGAACGUUGGGGCAGCGGAGUACCCCUUUAAGCAGGCUAGGGAUAACAGCACAAUAAAACAUUUUACCAGACAUGCCAAAUGCUCUCUGCAGAUGAAAUAAAAAGGACUGUAACCAUUUCAAGCAUUUUAGCAGAGGCAUUGUAGCACAACUUUUGGCAUUCUAACAUAAAUAUAUGGCAUCCUUAUGCAGAUGUGAUCAGGGCCAAGCUCAUGUUAUAACAACUAUGAAUAAAGAUGCUGCAACUAAAACGGG